UCUAUGAUAUCUGCUGUGGUUGGUGUCAUAGAAAAGAGAAUUGUAGAUUGUGCGGAAAUUAUUAACCUUUGUACGUUUUAAUGUUUUUAUGACGAGAAUUAGUAGUUAAUUUUGUGAUCGUGUGUUUAUUUCUUUUUUUAAAAUGUUUUCUUAUAUUUAAAGUGCUUUAUUAAAACAAUAAAUAUUGAACAUUGUCAUCCGUCAAACUGUCACAUUUUUCAUUCUUGUGGCGGGUUGCAGGUCCCGCAGGCGCGCCCAACUGCCCGGCGGCUGUCCCAGCUGUCCCAGCUGUCCCGGCUGUCCGGCCAGGCAGCUCUGCCCGCCCACCAAUGGAAGACGCGCCCGUCUCGUCUCACGGGCAUUUCGUCUCCAAGCCGCCUUCUAGAUAAUGGGUCAUGAUAAUGGAUAAUGAACAACCUCACCAAGAGCUGGUGAAGUGCGUAGUGGUGGGAGACACGGCCGUCGGCAAGACGAGACUCAUCUGCGCGCGCGCCUGCAACAAGCAGGUGUCACUGUCUCAGCUGCUGUCCACACACGUGCCCACCGUGUGGGCCAUCGACCAGUACCGCAUCUACAAGGAUGUGCUGGAGAGGUCGUGGGAGGUGGUGGACGGGGUCAAUGUAUCCCUCCGCCUCUGGGACACGUUCGGCGACCACGAGAAGGACCGGCGCUUCGCCUACGGCCGGUCGGACGUGGUGCUGCUGUGCUUCUCCAUCACCAGCCCGGUGUCGCUGCGCAACUGCAAGGUCAUGUGGUACCCGGAGAUCCGGCGCUUCUGCCCGCAGACGCCCGUGCUGCUGGUGGGCUGCAAGAGCGACCUGCGCUACAUGUACCGCGACGAGACCUACCUCAGCUUCUUCCGCGACCGCAGCCCCUUCGUCAGGCCGACGAGGAAGUCGGACCUGGUCAUGCCCGACCAGGCGCGCGCCGUGGCCAAAGAGCUGGGCGUGCACUACUACGAGACCAGCGUGCUCACCUACCACGGCGUCAACGAGGUGUUCGAGAACGCCAUCCGCGCGGCGCUCAUCGCGCGCCGCCAGCAGCGCUUCUGGAUGACCAACCUGAAGAAGGUGCAGCGGCCGCUGCUGCAGGCGCCGUUCCUGCCGCCCAAGCCGCAGCCCCCGGAGCUGCACAUCGCGGGCAGCACGUACCAGGAGAACCUGCUGGCGCUGUGGGCCGCGCAGGCCUACACGGACGUGAUCCUCGUGGCCGGCAGCGUGGGCUUCUCCGCGCACCGCUUCGUGCUGGCCGCAACCUCGCCCGCCUUCCACCGCCUGCUCACCGCGGACCUGGCCUCCGACAUGGGCGCCCGCAGCUCCAGCGAGUCCAGCAUGGUGAGCACGUUCGGGGAGGCGACCGUCGGAGACUUCAACGAAGACACGGAGUAUCUCAUCCGGCAGUGCGACACCUACUUCAAGCCUUCCAAGGUCUGGGAGCAGCUGAAGCGGAGGUCGAGCUGCCAGGUGCUCUCCUCGGACAGCCGGCGGCCGGGCGUGGCGCGCGACCUCAACCACCCGGCCUUCCAGGCGGUCAGAGUGGAGCAGUACGACGGGGACGGACACCGGGGGCGGUCGUCGUCCUCACAGACCGUCAUCACGCUGUCCAAGCUCGUCACGCCCCAGGCCAUGCAGCAGUGCCUUCAGUUCCUCUACACCGGCAACAUCGACAGUCGCUUCUGCGAGCUGCAGGAAGUCCGGCAGGCGGCGGAGUUCCUGGACCUCCCGGAGCUGCUGCUGUACGUGAGGAACAUCCAGGCCCGAGAGGAGUUCCUCAACGCCGAGUUGAAGCAGCAGUACCGCAAGGCGGUGAGGCUGAGGCUGCGCGAUCUGUGCCUGGGCCAGGGCCUGUUCGCGGACAUCGUGUUCCAGCUGGACGACGGCUCCUUCGCGGCGCACCGCCCCAUGCUCAUGGCCCGCUGCGACAUGAUGAAGGCCAUGUUCUCCGGGGACUUCCGCGAGAGCAGUGCCAAAGUGGUGUUGUUCCCCGGCGUGCAGGAGGACACCUUCCACCAGCUGCUGGUGUUCCUGUACACGGACGACGUGCCGGCGGUGGCGCCCGGCCGCUGCCUCGGCCUGCUGGAGCUGGGCAACCGGCUGUGCCUGCCGCGCCUCGUGGGCCUGGCCGAGCGGCGCGUGGUGGACGAGCUGGAGCGGCUGGCGGCGGCCGACAGCGGCGAGGUGGUCGAGCACUGCCUGCGCCUGCUGGAGCCCUGCAAGCUGCACAACGCAGAUCAGCUGGCCGACUGGUGCAUGAACCACCUGUGCACCAACUACAACAAGCUGUGCAAGAUGUCGCCCAAGCUGCUGCGGGCGCUGCACCCGGAGAACCAGGAGUACCUCAACGAGCACCGCUGGCCGCCCGUCUGGUAUCUGAAGGACUUCGACUACUACCAGAAGUGCGUGCAGGAGCGCGAGCGCGAGGAUAAGCCCUCGCUGAAGCGCAGCCGCCACAACUCGGGCUGCCUGUGCUUCUCCGGGUCGAAGGCGCGGCGGGACGCGGCCGGCCUCGGCAGGAGCACGGUAUGACAGUGUUGGCAGCCCUGGAGACGGGGCGCCCUGGCCGCCGUGGCGGUGGUGGGCCUGCUCAUGGCCGUGCUGUGCAGCGCCGCGCUCGUCGCCCACGCCCUCUCGUGAUGCACGGCCGCCCACCGCAAAGUACUUACGCCGCGCCGGCGUGACGAGCACGGCCAAAGUACAGGAACGUCGUGAGUGGUCGCGCACGGCCGUGCCAGGCUCGGCGAAGGAUGGGAGAGUUGAUUUCCAGAUACGUCAAUACCUACUCGCUUUCAUUUCGUGACGAAUUGCCGAUUUUUCACCAUCUGUCGAAGCAAACACACUCUUUAAAAAAGUUACGAUCAUGGCGAAACAUUAACACCGAAUCGUUGCUCAAGUGAUACGUCAGAGGUUUGAAACUGCACGUAUCGUUAAAAUAAUAUUCUUGAUUUAAAUGUUUCGAUUCUAUUCAAGGUUACCGUUUGUUUACAGGCACAUAAUAGUUUGGCUUUUCAAGGUCUACAUUUUUUGUGUGUUUAUGUGCUCGCAAUAUUUAUAAGAAGGCUAGUCAUAACAUUUGAUUUCGUCAAGACUGCUACUAAUAAAUAGGGGCAAGAUUAUAUGGUUUUAUUUUUAGGUCAAUUUUGUUUUUAAAACGGGAUUUUUUUUUUUAAAUGAAAAUAGUCUAUUAUUCAAUAAAUUUGAAACUAAAAUAUUUCUUAGUACUUAUUUCAAAAAAUAGUCUCGUUUUUUUGGAUUUAAGAUGCACUUCUACAAUAAAAUCAUUAGUAAUAAAAAGCUAAUAACUAUGUGUGAAACAGAACUACUCAGAAAAUAGAUAUGAAAUAAAAACUUUUUUUUUGUUGUUUGAAAAAUGUGCCAACAUCAUAAAUUCAAAAUAUUUUACUAAUAAACAAACAAAACAAUGUAAUAGUAAUUUUUUUUUCCCAAUCCAUUUAGUUUACAUAUUUUGUUACAAAAUUCAUAAUAAAUUAUGUUCAAUGAAUUUACCAUGAUAAAAAAAAAUAUUUUUUUUGUUAUUUGAGUUAGGCUUUGUCAAAUUGCUGAUUGAUGACAUGUUUUUUUGUUACGUUACGUUACGGUGCUAAAUGUUGUGUUAAUACUGCAUUGUAUGUUGCACUGACACGCUUUGUGGUGGUAUUUCAGCCUAUCGCAUCUCACCAUAUAACCUUGUCCCUACUUAUAAAACAUUAUGUAAAUUAUAAUGCUAUCAUGCCAAAAAUGUUAAUGAUAACAAAAAAAGUAAAAAAAUGCUUAGGUUUCUCAUCAUUUGUUUCAGUCCUGCUAGUCAGAUUAGUAUUUAGGUGUGAACGUCCCCAGAAAUGCUCAUAAAAUUUUCAGUUGUCUUCUGCAUUUUGCUAUUAUAUACUUCUUAUUUUCUUCGUAACUUAGUAUUGAAUAAUGUUUUUUUUGAAAAUUAGCCUCGUGAUUUCUCAGAAAUCAAAGGCAUCUACUUAUGUAAUGUUUUUUUUUCUCCAUUUAGCACUAAAGUGAUGGGUAUCUCCUUCAGCAUCAGUAAAAUGGCCAAAGAAUUCUUUUAAGUUAUAAUGAGCUUUAGGUUUCAAUUAUUUUAUCUUUAAAGUAAUGAACAUAAAUAUUUCAACACCUCAAACCUGAAGUAUAGCUCAAUAUUUUGCUUUGUGUAAAAUUACAAAAUAAAAUGUAUACGUGGGAUGACCAAUGUAAAUGUGGUACAACUUUGAUUUAUUUUUUUUGGCUUUGUUUUAAAGAACAUAUGUAAGAAUCGUUUGUUGAGGAUCAGAGUUAAAAAAAAUUCGGGAACCAUCACAUCCCUAGGAUAUUUCCUGUAGCAGUAAUAGAUGACAAAUAUUUUGAACAGCCUGUUUUUAUCAUCAGCCAUUAGAACAAUAUGCUGUAGCGACUGAAUUUUUUUUUUUUUCCCCCACCAUUGUAGCAAAGCUAUACUUGGUGCAAUAGGCCUGAAUUUCCAUGCAGGUUUUUGCUGUUUCAGAAUGGUAAAGCUGUGUCCUUUACCGAUGCAGCCUCAGCUGAAGGAUUUUUUCAGUUUCAAGGCUGCAUUCAGUGGGAAAUUAGCUGUGACAGGCUAUACGUGUUAUUCAGACCACUUUGUCAGCGAAGAGAUAUUAUCUGCAUUUAUUUAUUGGCGUUUACAAAUUUUUCACACUCUGUUUUUGAGCAGUUUUCAGUUUUUGCGCAUUCAAGUUGAUCAUUUGACAGUAAAAGAUAGACUGGCUGAGCGACAGACUAUCGUUACAUUUCUUCUGAAAGAUAGCGUCUCAAAACUCCCGAAGUCAUGGAAGGACAUAGGGGACUCAUCCUUUCACGAAAGGCUGCGUAGAAUAUUCUGUACGGAUCCUCGCAAAAUUCGCUUUGUGAACAAAAAUGGCUGACUUUUUUAAGGUGCACUUUCCAAGGAUACUGUAAAGGCAAAGAGCCCUUAAAGGAGGUAUUCCAAAACAGCAUUUGUCUUGUGAAGCCUUUGGUGAUCAGCGGAAAUUGUGUUGUGUUUCUGAUGAAGCGGUGUUUGAAUUGCAGCUUCCUGUGAAUGCAACCUUUGUGCGGGUGUAAGAUUGUUGAAGCAUUGUUUGCAAGUAGUAGCUCAUUGAUGGAUCGUGGUCUCUGUGUUGUUGAGGGCCACAGUCGUGAGAUUUAACAGAAAACUUUCAGCUUGCAUGAUUCUUGUUAGUGAGCCGGUGUACAUCAGUGUGCCAGUGCUGUUUACUUACCGUAUUUACUCGCGUUUGGGUCGCACAUUUUAUGCUGAUUUUUAGUUUAUUAAAAAAAAAUUGUAGUGCGACCCUUAUGCGAGGGUAUGCAAGUAAGCUGCCUUAAAUCCUUCCUUAGUAUACAUACAAAAAAAAAAAUGGAGGGUCAACACCAGUUGAGACACGGAUCACAAAGAAUCCACUUGUAUCCAUAGAACUCUAGUGAAGACUGAUACAUGGUGCAAUCCUUAGGUGAAAAUCUUAUGGUUUUUUUUUGUGCCUAAAAUUAAGGUUGCGGCUUUCUGCGGGUAAAUACUGUAAUUCCAGUGUUGGUUACGUUUUUUCACGUAAGAUAAUAGAGGAAACAGUGUCACAUGAUGGUUGCAUGUUCAGGAACAGAUUUCUGUAGCAAAAAAAAAUUAAUCUUGUAGUCAUUUUCAAAACUAAAAA